UGUAUGUCAACCCUUUAACGCUUCUUAAUUUCUUUCUUUCUAUCUUCAUUUCUCUCUAUAUAUAGCUUUCUUUUCUUUCUUGGAGAGCUGGGAGAUUCACAAAAGAUAAGUUUAUAUAGAGUUAGUUUAUAUCUUGGCUAGAUAUCAACUAGAGAAGAUUCAUUGCUCUUGGUGAAGCCAAAAAGAAAAAAAAAAAUGGUUUUUGCUCCAUUGUCAACUUGGCCAUGGGAGAACUUAGGCAUUUUCAAGUAUGUGCUUUAUGGACUAUUUGCUGCAAAAGUGUUACAUUCAAGGAUGCAAGAGGACUCAAAAAUUGAAUAUUGGUGUAUUCAUAUUCUCAUCUUAUCAUUAGUUAGAGGUCUCACUCAUAUAUACUGGAACACCUUCAGUAACAUGCUUUUUUUCACUCGAAACCGCCAGAUUAUUAAAAAAGGAAUUGAUUUUAAGCAGAUUGACAGUGAAUGGAACUGGGAUAAUUUUAUUCUUCUUCAUGCUCUAGUAGCAGCCAUGGUCUAUUACUUCUUCCCUUGCCUUGAAAGCCUUUCCAUAUGGAACACAAAAGGGUUUAUUGCAGCCUUGAUUCUGCAUGUCACAGUUUCAGAGCCUUUAUAUUAUUAUGUACACAGAUUUUCCCAUGAAAAUUACCUUUUCACCAGUUACCAUUCUCUCCACCAUUCAUCUCCAGUACCUCAGGCAGUAUCAGCUGGGCAUGCAACUCCUCUAGAGCAUCUAGCAUUAAGUGUAAUAAUUGCAAUUCCAAUUCUUGGAUCUUCACUAAUGGGAUAUGGAUCAAUAAGCUUGAUUUAUGGAUAUAUUAUAGUCUUUGAUUUCUUAAGAUCUAUGGGGCAUUCCAAUGUUGAAAUUAUUUCACAUAAAUUGUUUGAGUCCCUACCAAUUCUUCGAUAUCUUAUCUAUACCCCCACAUACCACAGCCUGCAUCACACAGAGAUGGACUCCAAUUUCUGCCUCUUUAUGCCUCUAUUUGAUGCCAUGGGGAACACUCUUAAUGCUAAAUCUUGGCAGCAACAUAAAGAAAUUUCUUUAGCUUCAGGGAAAAAUGGGAGGGCACCAGAUUUUGUUUUCCUCGCACAUGUUGUGGAUAUUCAAGCUUCUAUGCACGUGCCAUUUGUUCUUCGAACUAUGUCUUCAUUACCCUGCAGAACUGUCUCCUUUUUACUCCCACUCUGGCCAGUUGCUUUCAUGUAUAUGCUUCUCAUGUGGGCAUGCUCAAAAACUUUCUUAGUUUCCUUCUAUUAUCUCAGAGGCCGAUUGCACCAAACUUGGGCUGUGCCUCGAUAUGGCUUUCACUAUUUCUUGCCAUUUGCAAGAGAAGGCAUCAAUAAUCUGAUAGAGCAGGCGAUUUUGAGGGCCGAUAAACUAGGGGUUAAAGUCAUUAGCCUUGCUGCAUUGAAUAAGAAUGAGUCUCUCAAUGGAGGUGGAACCCUAUUCGUGGACAAACAUCCAAACCUGAAAGUUAGAGUUGUUCAUGGAAAUACCUUGACUGCUGCUGUCAUUUUGAAUGAAAUUCCGAAGGAUGUUAAAGAAGUGUUUUUAACAGGAGCUACUUCAAAGCUUGGAAGAGCUAUUGCUCUUUACCUUUGCAGAAGGAGAGUUAAAGUCCUGAUGUUGACAUUAUCCACUGAAAGAUUCCAAAAAAUUCAAAAGGAGGCUCCUGUGGAUUGUCAAAAUUACCUUGUUCAAGUAACAAAAUACCAGGCAGCAAGAAAUUGUAAGACUUGGAUAGUGGGCAAGUGGAUUACACCAAGAGAGCAAACUUGGGCUCCAUCUGGAGCACAUUUUCACCAGUUUGUGGUUCCACCAAUUCUUAAUUUCAGAAAAGACUGCACUUACGGCGAUCUUGCUGCCAUGAAAUUGCCUGAUGAUGUUGAAGGGCUCGGAUGCUGUGAGUAUACGAUGGAUCGAGGAGUUGUCCAUGCAUGCCAUGCAGGAGGAGUGGUUCAUUUCUUGGAAGGAUGGGAGCACAAUGAAGUUGGGGCAAUUGAUGUUGACAAAAUCGAUUUAGUUUGGAAAGCUGCAAUCAAACAUGGACUAAAGCCAGUGUCAAGUUUCAGAAAAUGAAUGAUUAAAUCAAAUUAAAUUCAUCGUAAGAGCCUCCACCUUUUCAACUUGUUUUCUAUAUAGAUGAACAAGAAGAGAAAAUGGUUGGGGUGUGUGUGUGUAAACCUAGUGAAACAAAUCUAUCAUGUUACUUUUCUUCCUAUAUUUUUAAUUAAAUAAAAGUUGUUAGGGUAAGUGUCUUAGAGUCAAUCGAAUUUGAUAUUUAUAGAUCUAAUUUUAAAUUAGUAAUUAAUAAAAUGAUUGUUUGUUAUUUAAUUCA